UCUCUUGUAAGGAAUUGGGAUUAGAGAAAGUCAAAGCCACGAAAUUCCAAAUCCCCUAUAUAAACACCUCCCCCCCAUUCAAUUAAAUGCCAUGCUCCCUCCUCUUCUUCUUCUUCUUCUUCUUCUUCUUCUUCUUCUUCCUUCUCCUCUGUACUCAUUUUUUCUUUAAAACUUUUUUAUUGAAUAUGGUCCGCCAAGCUCAGGCAUCGCAAAACGAUGUCGGCUCCGACAAGAGGCUCGUACCCGGACUAUUCAACUCCGUAUCCAUUUUCCUGGCGUUGCUCGCCAAAUAUGCAGGUCGACUGUCGCGAAAGCACCGAACCGAACCGGGUCACUCGACCCGGCCGCCUCUGGCCCGGCCCAAGUACCUGUUCACGAACCGGAGCAACAAAACGCUGCCGUUUUCGCACAAGAAGAAGGCGGGGGAGGAACUGAAACUGGAACCGGAGGAACAAGGGUACGGUGACGGAGGGGUGUGGCAGAGGGCGAUCUUGAUGGGGGAUAAAUGUCAGCCGUUGGAUUUCUCCGGCGUAAUUUAUUACGACAACGACGGGAAGCAGCUGCCGGAGUUGCCUCCGAGGUCGCCGCGUGCGAGUCCCCUGCCUAGCUAUGUUUACAGCAAAUGAUUGCGUCACGCGCGGGCGAGCUAGUCGGGUGACAGGAGGGAUGUGAUUGGACGCCGAAGCUGCAAUUUCUUUGAGCAGGUGAGGGCCGCGGUGACGAAGUUGUUGUCAAGGAUGGAAGCCUCUCUCCUUCCCACCCUGCACCACCCUCGGACAGUAAACUCUUCUACGUUAAUUUUGUAUGUACAUAUUAUCUACUAGGGACUUGGGAGAGUGUUUUCGGUUGUGUAGUUUUUACUUUUAUUAUAAAAAAAUAAAAUAAAAUAACUCCAUGUGGAUUUUGUGUUGUGUUUCCA